AUGCCUUCUGUCUAUGCCCUUAAGGAAAAAGCUCUACCGCUUUCAAAAGAAGUUUGCCUCUCCGGUCUGGACGUGGUGCGCAGUCGUGCCGACAAAAACCUGAUCACUCACACGUACGGGAGAGCCCUGGCAGAGCUGCUACGUUGUGCUCUGAGAGAGCUGCUGGACUUGCAGGAGGUGAAGAUGAAUGUCCUGCAGGUUCACCUGAGCAGUCUGCUGCAGAUGGACGACCGGAUCGCUCUGAGAGAGAUCACACGCCAGCUUCAACUGGAGAACGUCGUAGGAGACAAAGUGUUGCCUGUCUACCUGGCUGUCUUCCUCCCUGUCUGUCUGUCUGCAGGUGAUAAAAGCAGCAGUCAGCCAGUGUUCUUCAUCCUGGAAGAGUUUGAUCUGUUUGCUCAUCAUAAGAACCAGACGCUGCUGUACAACCUGCUGGAUGUUUCUCAGUCUGCUCAGGCUCCUGUAGCUGUGGUGGGACUCACCUGCAGACUAGACGUUCUUGAGCUCUUGGAAAAGUGUGUGAAGUCUCGUUUUUCCCACAGACAGAUUCACCUGUUGAGUUCUCUGACUUUCCGUCAGUAUCGAGACGCCUUUCGGUCCGAGCUCACGCUGCAGGAUGACUUCCCCGACAGCAAGUUCUCUCAGGAGUGGAACCUCUGCGUCUCGGUACGACACACCGCAUCACGAACCUGAACUGAAGUGUUACACUGCUCACAUGUGAACAUACACACUGCUGGAGGAAGCUCACGUGUUUUCCUCGAUUGUACAUAGCACGUGUUCUCUCUCCUCGU